UAUGGUCUAAUAGCGUCGCAAAAUGCUUUGAUUACAAGGGGAAUAGUCUCCUAGCGACACCUUCUUUACGGCAAAUGGAAUAUGGCGGAGGGUGAGAAAUCCCCAGACGGACUGGAGCUCAGCAAGAAAUGGCUGGAGGCUGCAGACAGCAGGGCGGAGCUGCUCCGCUACCUGAAGGAGCAGGUGCCUCAGAUCUUCUGCCUGAGGAAAGAGUUCAGCCCUCAGGAGGAAGAGGAUCUCAUGCAGAGCCGACUCCUCUAUCCCUUGGAGUGUUUUUUAUUUGGAGAAGAUCCUCAGGAGGGUCUGGAGAAGCUCAAACAGGGUAGCACCUCCUCCCAGCUCUGUGGACGAGUCUUCAAAGAGGGAGAGACUGUCUACUCCUGCAGGGAUUGUGCUAUAGAUCCCACGUGUGUCCUGUGCAUGGAUUGCUUCCAGGAUAGUGUGCACAAAAGCCAUCGUUACAAGAUGCACGCGUCAUCAGGCGGGGGGUUCUGUGAUUGUGGGGAUGUAGAAGCUUGGAAGAUCGGCCCCUGUUGUUCCAAACACGACCCAGGGGCAGCCACUGCCAUGGUAACGGAUGAGUGUGCGUUGGAGCCUGAGUUAUAUGAGCGUGCUGAGAAGCUGCUCCGGGUUCUGCUGCACUACGUCACAGAUUUCUUGGUGUGGGAGGAGAGCUUUGACCUAUCAGCUGAACUCCAGCCCCGACAAAAAGACAAUGCAUACUACUGUGUACUGUACAAUGAUGAGCACCACUCGUACGACCAUGUGAUCUACACCCUGCAGCGUUCUGUUAACUGUGAUCAGGCUGAAGCACAGACACACACAGCACUUAUUGACAAAGAGGGUCGGCGUGCAGUAAAGAGAGGACCCCUUCGUUCCUGCCAGCAAGCAAAAGACCUUAUCAGGUCCAACUCUGAGCACAUUUCCCUGCAGCCUCUGCGUGUGGAGAUCCUUCACGCAGCAGUAAUGGCUCAUCAGACCUUUGCUGUGCGUCUCGGCUCCUGGUUCCAAAAGAUCAUCUGUUACUCAGCUGGCUUCAGGCAGGCCUUCUGUCAGGUGGCACUCGAGCCAAACACAGAUGGAGACCAUCCUUGUCUCAUCAGCAGACUCAUGCUGCACGAUGCCAAGAUGUACAAAGGAGCUCGCAAGAUAGUACAUGAGCUGAUUUUCUGUAGCAUGCUAAUGGAGACAGAGUCUAAGAGGCUUUUUGCAAUUGAGUUUACAAAGCACUAUAAGCAGCUACAGAAGGACUUCAUCCAUGAUGACCAUGAGAGGAGCAUAUCCAUCACUGCUCUGUCUGUUCAGAUCUUCACUGUACCCACACUGGCCAGACAGUUGAUUGAAGAAGGAAAUGUCAUUAAGGUGGUAGUUGAUACCGUUAUGGAAUUGCUGCGUGAACAUCUGGAUGACAGCAAUCGUUUCUUCUUCCUGGGUUACAACUCAGACAAGUUCUCACGCAUCCAGGUUAUCUUCCACGACCUCAGGUAUAUUCUGAUCAGUAAACCCGCAAUAUGGACUACAGAGCUGCGGAGAGAGUUCUUAGAGGGAUUCAAAGUCUUUCUUGGGCUUCUCAAGUGCAUGCAGGGUAUGGAGGAGGUGAAGCGCCAGUUUGGACAACACAUCGCAGUAGAACCAGAAUGGGAAGCCGGCUUUUCUCUUCAGAUCCAGCUGCGCCAUAUUCUUGCUAUGUUUCAGGACUGGUGUUCCUCUGAUGACGAGAUCUUGCUGCUCACUUUUAAAGAGUGUCAUGAAUUCCUGAUGCAGUGCAAUAAUCAGUCCUUCAGAAAGGAGGCCACUGACUACUACAUGUGCAAGCACAUCCUCCAUGUUCGUCCGUACAAAGUGUCUCAGGAGCCUGUCAGCAUACAUCUGCCAAUCUCCAGGCUUCUGGCUGGCCUGUAUGUACUUCUGUGCAAAACAGGGGCAAUUGAACAUUUGGACAAUCCUGAGAGUUAUGACUACACGCAGCUGGCGGAGCAUCCUCUACGCUGUGUGGUGCUGGCUGCUCAGGUCUCAGCCGAAAUGUGGCGGAGAAAUGGGCUUUCAUUGGUCAGCCAGGUCUACUACUACCAGGAUGUGAAAUGCAGGGAAGAGAUGUAUGACAAGGACAUCCUCAUGCUUCAGAUAACUGCUUCAAAAAUGGACCCCAACCACUUCCUCAUGCUGAUCUUGUUGAGAUUUGAGCUCUUUGAUUAUUUUAAUGGAAGUUGUUCAAGCAAGGACCAGGACGAGCUGACACAGUGGAAUCGACUGACAGAAGAGAUGCUGUACCUCCUGAUCAUCAUCGUUGGUGAGCGCUAUGUCCCCGGGUUAAGUCAGGUGACCAGAGAGGAUGUGACAAUGAGGGAGGUUGUCCAUCUGUUGUGCAUUGAGCCCAUGGCUCAUAGCAGUCUGGUCAAAGGCCUGCCAGAGAAUGAAAGCCAUGAAACAGGCCUGGAGACAGUCAUUACCAAAGUUUCCACCUUCAAAAAACCAGGAGUGUCAGGACACGGACUAUAUGAAGUAAAAAAAGAGCGUCUGGUAGAAUUCAACCCUUUCUUCUACCAUUAUUCCAGAUCCCAGCAUAGCAAGGCAGAAGAGUCUCAGAAGAAGAGGAGGUCUCAGGAGGGCAAUGAUAAAGCUCUGCGUCCUCCGGUGCCCCCAGCCUUCUGCCCGGCUUUCUCCAACAUAGUGCGUCUGUUCUGCUGUGACAUUAUCAUCCACAUCCUGAGACGCGUCCUCCAGAGAGCUGCAGAGGACCGGGCUACUCACUGGACAGAAGCCAUGAUCCAGAGGGCCCUGCACCUGAUUGGUCAGGCAUUGCUUGAAGAGAAAACACAGCUUGAGGACAGGACUGUAGAAGAAGUGACCUUUGAUUUCAGCCUUAAGGCUCGCAGAAUUGGUUCAGAACAUGGCAAGUCAGUGUUCCUCUUGUUGUCAAAAAUUAAGGCUCUUCCUUCCCUUGAAGCUCAGAAAGACAUGGUGAAAUGGGUCCUACAGAUGUUUGAGAUUGUCAAGUGCCUUAGAGAGAAGUCCAGUCCAACAGCUUCCAUGAGUGUGGAGACAACCAAGCCAGAAGAGAGCGCUCAGGACAAAGAAAAAGCCGAGCGGAAAAGGAAGGCAGAGGCAGCCAAACUCCACCGUCAGAAGAUUAUGGCCCAAAUGUCAGCAAUGCAGAAAAACUUCAUUGAGUCAAACAAGAUGCUGUACGACAACAUGCCUGACAGUGGGACACAGGGAGAGCCUGUUACAACAAGUGAUAGCUGUGCCAUGGAGCAGAGGGAGCUGUGUGUAGCCGUUGGGCCCCACCGAGGGUCAACCCCGGCUGAGAGGGAGGUGCUGACCUGUAUUCUUUGCCAGGAAGAGCAGGAGGUAGUGGCUCAGGCUCCAGCCAUGGUACUGACUGCGUGUGUCCAGAGGUCCACAGUGCUGACACAGUGCAGAGGAAAGAUACUGACCAACAGAGCAGAUGGGCCAGGGACAUCAUAUCCCCUCCUCAUGCCGCCUGAACUGGCAGUGGGGACCCACACUGGCAGCUGCGGACAUGUCAUGCAUGCCACUUGUUGGCAGAAAUAUUUUGAGGCAGUCCAGAAUACGACCAGGAACCGUCUCCAUGCUGAGCUGAUCAUCGACCUGGAGAAUGGGGAGUACCUGUGUCCCCUGUGCAAGUCUCUGUGCAAUACUGUUGUCCCUCUCAUCCCGUUGGAACCACUAAUGUUUAACUAUGAGAAUGCAGAGAUAAUUGGACAGCAUUUAACCAUGCCUCGCUGGAUCCAGAUCCUCUCUGCUAGGAUUAAAGGACUCAAGUCAGUCACUCAGGAUAAUGAUUGCAACACAGAGGGCAAUAGUUCUGAUGGGGAAGCGAUGGCCCUGUGUGGAGAGGGCCAGCCAGACUUUAGAUCCAUUCUCAGCUAUGGAGUACAAGAACCGAGGAAGUUCUCAGACAGCAUAGCAGAGAUGCUGGUUGUGUGCGCCACCACGGUCCACAGGGUGGGACUGCAGACAGCGCCCAAUGAGCUGUGUCCUCGUGUGCCCCUCAUGGCCUGGAACACAUGUGCCUUCACUAUUCAGGCCAUAGAAAACAUAUUGCAGGAAGGGGAGAAAUCGCUCUUCGGGUCCUUACAAAACAGACAGCUUGCAGGUCUAAAGGCAAUAGUUCAGUUUUCAGCUUCCCAGAGACUUAAGAGCUCUCAGGCUGUAAUCCAAAGGCACUUCACAGACAUGCUGGGGGUCUUGCUGCCGGUCAUGAGCAGAAAAAACACCCCGUCCCUCCUUGAGGUGGACUUCUUCCAUCUUCUGGUGGGGUUGGUGUUGUCUAUACCCUCACUGUACCAGGAGGAGGCUGUAGACUUACAGCCAUCUGCUGUCAGCUCUGCCUACAACCACCUGCACAUCUUGCAUCUGGUCACCAUGGCACACAUACUACAGGUCCUCCUGUCCUCUACAGAUUUCAGUCCAGUAGCUGGUGCAGAGGAGACAGAGGAGGUGAGAGCAGCAGCAGAGCUCUACAAUAUAGUGUCACAACACACUGGAAGGCUGGUUCCAGAUGUGUCUGGCAGCUCUGUGGCAGAAAGAGUGAGGAGAGGAAUUGAACCUUUCCUGCGCUGUGCUGCUCUCUUUUUCAAUUGCCUUACUGGUGUACAUCCUCCAGAGGAGCUUUCUAGUACUUCUGUUACCUCUCAAGGACAGAUGGAGGCACUAUGCAGUUACCUGUCACUACCCUCCAAUGUGUUCCAGCUCUUCCAGGAGCACAGAGACACUGUUAGUCCACUGAUGCAGAGGUGGUGUGGGAACCCAGCUAUAACCAAAGCCCUGAAAGGCAAAAUCCAGACAGUCAGAUACCCCAGGGGAAGGAAUCGUCUGAUUGAUCUUCCUGAGGAUUACAGUGCUCUCCUCAAUCAAGCCAGUCAUUUUCAGUGUCCCAAGUCUACAGAUGAUGAGAGGAAGCACCCGACCUUGUGCCUGUUUUGUGGGGCCAUGCUUUGCUCUCAGAGCUCCUGCUGUCUCAGUCAGCUGGAUGGGGAAGAUGUGGGAGCCUGCACCGCCCACGCUGCUACCUGUGGAGCUGGUGUGGGAAUGUUCCUCAGGAUAAGGGAGUGUGAAAUUAUUCUGAUGGCCAGUAAGACUCGAGGAAGCACAUACCCUGCUCCUUACCUGGAUGAUUAUGGGGAGACUGAUCCUCACCUGGUAAGGGGCAAUCCAUUGCACCUGUGCCCAGAGCGCUACAGGAAGCUGAACCAGCUGUGGCAGCAGCACUGCAUCUUGGAGGAAAUCGCCCGCAGCCUGGAGGUGGUCAACGUGAUGUUUGCCUUUGAGUGGCAGAUGUUGUGAUGAUUGCUCCAGCUGUGGUGGCCGGGAAAUAAAGAGCACAGCCAUAGAGCACAGUCUGCUCCAGUGUUCCUGAGGCGAGCUUACACACACACACACACACACACAGACACAGACACACACACACACACACACACACACACACACACACGCACACACACACGCACGCACGCGCGCAAACAAACAACCCUCCUACAAUCAAAGGAGGACUGAGCAGCCAAUCUCUCCCUGAUAAAACCCCUGCUGGAGUCCAGAGAGGUGGGACAGUCACAAGAGAAAGAGGAGGAUGAGUAAUGGAGGGUGAUGGAUAAUGUGGAAACCCAAGUCGCCUUGUUUUAAUUUGAUUGUCUGCCGUGAGAAUGAGUUUCUCCUUGAGUAAUGUUAUUUGCAAAGAGACUCAUUCAAAUAAAGACAAACAUCUGUUAUCAGUUUAUGUAUUUGAUUUUUCUCCUGAGUAAUGCUGUGAAUUUUUUGCAUUCUCUUCUGUUACAAAAGGUCUGUUAUAAGUUAUAAUAUUGAAUUAUGCUCUUUUGGAGGGUACAUUCAUUUGGAAAUGUGUAGGCUUGUUCAGUCUUCCCACACAUUUUGGUUUUUGCCCAUCAAUUAUGUGGAUGGUCCGCCAUAACCUACUGUCACCUUUACUCAUAUAGACAUAUAUUAUGGAUAAAACCUUUAUAGAAUAUACAUUAUUUUCAAAGUUUUGUUUAAACGGAUUCAAUGCUCUUAGAAGUAUGCAGUUACCUACUUUCAUGAUUUCCUGAUAUGGAUACAUUUAUUGAUAAGCAGAUGUUAAAGCUUUGUGAAUGGCAUAUUCAAUCAUUUUGAUUGAAAUAUUAAUUCGUCAAAAACGAUCUCACUAACCUUAAGAAUCAGGGAGUGAAUUGUAUGAAAAUAUUUCCAGUAUACUAUAAUAUUAUAGGACACCAUUUUACGAAAACCCUAAGCCAAACUGAUUAUAAUGAUCACAUAUUUACUGUAUGAUGUUUGUAAUAGUUGAAACCUAUUGAAGGGAUCACUGUCAAACAGAUUAUUGGUCACAUUUCUCCAUGUGGUUUUUAUUUACUUAAAAACCAAAAUAAGUAAAAAAAAAAAAAAAAAAAAAAAACCUAAAAAAAAACCUAUUGCAAUAUUCUAUUUAAGAGAGAAAUGUACAUUUUAUUGAAAGCAAUCUAGUAUGGUAUCAUUUCAGUAGGUUCAUUCGUUAUAUCUCUUCCUAUUCAGGAAAAGUUGUGUGAAUAUAUCCUUUUUUCCUUUUUGUGUUGUUUGACUGUAUUUCAUGAGACUUCCAGGCUGUGGAAAUAAAGACACUAGCCUAUCUAUAGAUGGACUGUUCCUGUGCCCUGAAUCGAUCAGAGUGCAAUGAUGUUAUAAUUUCUAUUAUCUAAAAUGUAAAUGGCUGCAAACCAGUAUAAAAGGAGGAACCCCAACGCAGGAUGUUUGACAUUGAAUUCCCUCUUGUCUUGCUCGCAUACAGAAUAAAUGAAUGAGAAAUUCUUCAUCAUUAA